AUGUCACAAAGAGGCAUAAGAAUAAGCAUCGACCGCGGUGGAACAUUUACCGAUUGUAUUGGCAGCAUACCGUCAGAUGAACAUCCGUCCGGUCGAAAAGAGGUGGUUGUAAAGUUAUUGAGUGUAGACCCGCAGAACUAUCCUGAUGCACCACGAGAAGGAAUCCGAAGAAUUUUGGAAAUCGCUACGGGCAGGAAACAUCCAAGAAAUCAUCCAAUCGAUACUUCCCUGAUUGAGUCUAUUCGCAUGGGAACAACUGUCGCGACUAAUGCACUGUUGGAACGAAAAGGGGAAAAGUGUGCAUUGUUGAUUACGAAAGGAUUCAAGGAUCUACUGUUGAUUGGAAAUCAAUCUCGCCCCAAAAUAUUCGAUCUUGCGAUUCAAAAGCCGAGCGUAUUGUAUGAGAAAGUAGUUGAAGUUGAUGAACGCGUGAGUCUUGUGGGAGAUGAAGCCUUUAAUGGAAAUUCGACGGAUAUAGUACAGGGUUUAACAGGAGAAUAUAUCAAAAUUUUAAAGAAACCAGAUCAUGAGCAAGUAAAGAAGGACUUGCAGGAUCUCUUUGAUGACGGCUUUAGGAGCCUUGCAAUCUGUCUUGUACACUCAUAUACAUUCCAAGCCCACGAACGUGUUAUAGGCGAGCUUGCAUCUACGAUUGGUUUCACGCACAUUUCCUUGUCGUCAUCAAUAAUGCCAAUGAUAAAGAUUGUACCUCGCGGUACAUCGUCCACGGCAGACGCGUACUUAACUCCGUGUAUCAAGAAGUAUGUGAAUGGAUUUGUUUCCGGUUUUGACGAAAAUCUGGAGAAAAAUACUAGGCUGGAAUUCAUGCAGAGUGAUGGAGGUCUGGUUCCAGUAGACAAGUUUUCUGGAUUCCGGGCUAUAUUGUCUGGACCCGCUGCCGGAGUCGUCGGUCAUGCUUUGACAUCCUACAGCAAGGUUGAAAAAAUUCCAGUAAUUGGAUUUGAUAUGGGAGGCACGAGCACUGACGUGUCACGAUUUGAUGGAAGGUUAGAACACGUCUUUGAAACAACUACAGCUGGCGUAACAAUCCAAGCGCCUCAAUUGGACAUUCACACGGUCGCUGCCGGCGGUGGUUCUCGUCUUUUUUUCCGUAAUGGCAUGUUUGUUGUCGGACCAGAAAGUGCCGGAGCUCACCCGGGUCCAACUUGCUAUAGGAAAAAUGGUCCAUUGACGGUCACAGAUGCAAAUCUAAUUCUCGGUAGACUGGUUCCUGAUUAUUUUCCAAAAAUUUUUGGUCCUAACGAGGAUCAGCCUUUAGACGUAAAAGCUACGCAGGAACGCUUUGAAGAACUUCUCAAUGAAAUAAAUCUUUCUGUUAGUCCUGAUAAGUAUAUGACUAUUGAUGAAAUAGCCUUUGGGUUUAUCAAAAUUGCGAACGAAGCCAUGUGUCGUCCAAUUCGUAAUCUAACGGAGGCUAAAGGUCACGACACUUCCAGCCACAUUUUAACCUGCUUCGGUGGUGCUGGAGGGCAGCACGCGUGUUCUAUCGCGCGUAAUCUCGGUAUUCGCAAAAUCCUCGUACAUCGAUACAGUUCAGUCCUCUCUGCCUAUGGUCUUUCUCUGGCCGAUGUGGUUCAUGAGGUUCAAGAGCCUUGCGCAAAAGCACUAAAUAGCGACUCCUUGCCGUAUCUUAAAGAACGUGUGCAGGUUCUUAUAGAGAACUGCACCAAAGAGUUACGCAGACAAGGUUUUGAUGAUAAUAGGAUAUACCAUGAGAUUUAUUUAAAUUUAAGAUACAAUGGAACGGAUUUCGCGAUAAUGACGCUGAAACCAAACGAUUCGUGGGAUUUCGCAAGUGUAUUUACGGAAACCUAUCACCUGGAAUUUGGCUUUACGUUGCCUAACCGAGACAUUAUUGUUGAUGAUAUACGUAUUCGUGGCGUUGGGAAAGGCAAUGAAAUACCACACGAGAACGUAUUCGAAGAGAUAAAGCAGAUUGCACCUAAAUUGGUCGAUGAUAAUCAAAAGAGCGGGUCGAAAUCCGUUUAUUUUGAAAGUGGUCGCUCAGACACGCCGAUAUAUCUUUUGGAGAAUCUCCGAAUUGGCGAUCGUAUCCCCGGACCAGCAAUGAUCAUUGACGUAAACUCGACAAUAGUCGUGAUUCCUGGCUGUAACGCCCUGAUAACCUCUUCACAUGUCUAUAUUACGGUUGGUGAUGGAACUCGAGCCAAAGUCACUACAGAACUAGAUCCUAUUCAGUUAUCUAUUUUUGGUCAUCGUUUCAUGAGUAUCGCAGAGCAAAUGGGAGUGACAUUACAGAAAACGGCAAUAUCAACCAAUAUCAAAGAAAGGCUCGAUUUCUCGUGUGCCUUGUUUGGGCCAGAUGGUGGUCUAAUUGCUAACGCGCCGCAUAUCCCGGUCCAUCUAGGAAGUAUGAGUCAAGCAGUAAUGUAUCAAAUGGAACAUUACAAAGAUGGUCUUGAAGAUGGUGAUGUUAUCCUAACAAAUCAUCCACAGGCUGGUGGGUCGCAUUUACCAGAUAUAACAGUAAUCACGCCUGUCUUUAACAAUGACGAGAUAGUCUUCUUCGUCGCCUCCCGUGGCCAUCACGCUGACAUUGGCGGCAUACUUCCCGGAUCAAUGCCACCCAAUUCCAAAGAGCUCUAUCAAGAAGGAGCAGCAGUUAAAUCAUUUAAGCUCGUGUCAAAAGGCAAAUUUGAUGAAGCUGGAUUGACUGACAUACUUCUUCAUCGACCAGCACAAUACCCAGGAUGUAGCGGAACUAGGUGUCUCGCUGAUAAUAUUUCGGAUCUCAAAGCCCAAGUGGCGGCGAAUCAUAAAGGAAUCACGUUAGUAAAAUCGUUAAUCAAAGAAUACGGUUUGGAUGUCGUGCAAGCUUAUAUGGCGUAUAUAAGAAAGAAUGCAGAAUUGUCUGUUAGAUAUUUGUUGAAGGGAAUUUCAAGAAAAGUUGGUGGAUGUUCGUUAAAGGCUGUGGAUUAUAUGGACGAUGGAUCGCCUAUAUGUUUGGAAAUCACGGUUAAUGAGGAAGAUGGAACGGCUGUGUUUGAUUUCCAUGGAACCGGACCAGAAGUCUACGGAAACACGAAUGCUCCGCCGGCGGUGACGCAUAGUGCAAUAAUAUAUUGCCUCCGUUGCUUAAUUGCAAAUGAUAUCCCACUCAAUCAAGGGUGUCUUGCACCGAUAACAGUUCGCAUCCCAUCUAAUUCUUUCCUGAAUCCGUCAGAGAAAGCUGCUGUAGUUGGCGGGAACGUGCUCACUUCACAGCGUGUUGUGGAUGUAAUUCUUAAGGCGUUUGGGGCUUGUGCCGCUAGUCAGGGUGAUUGCAAUAAUUUGACCUUUGGCAAAGGUGGAAAAGUUGACGAGAGUGGGAAAGUUCUGGAAGGCUGGGGAUAUUAUGAAACUAUUGCCGGAGGUAGCGGAGCUGGGCCUACUUGGCAUGGACAAAGUGGUGUUCAUACGCACAUGACCAAUACCAGAAUCACAGAUCCAGAAAUUUUAGAAAGACGUUACGAUCAUUCCGUGGUACUCCGCGAAUUCUCUCUGCGCAGAGGUUCUGGUGGUGCAGGACUCUAUAAUGGUGGCAACGGAGUAAUUCGUGAUUUAGAAUUCCGUGAACCGCUUCAAGUGAGCAUUCUAUCAGAACGCCGUGUCUAUUAUCCAUAUGGUCUAAACCAUGGCAAGUUUGGUGCACGAGGUUUAAAUCUCUUGAUUCGAAAAGAAGGAGAUGGUAGCAGCAGAGUUUUGAACUUGGGUGGAAAGAAUACAGUGAAAGUCAACGCUGGGGACAGAAUUGUUAUCUGUACGCCGGGUGGGGGUGGUUGGGGUGCCCCCGUACAAGUGGGUAAUGAAGUUGAUGAUGCUGUCAAAAAGUAUCUGUGA